GUGAUCAUGCCUGAGCCAGCAAAGUCCGCACCUAAGAAGGGGUCCAAGAAGGCCGUUACUAAAACCGCAGGAAAGGGCGGUAAGAAGCGCAAGAGGUCCAGGAAGGAGAGUUAUGCUAUCUACGUCUACAAGGUCCUGAAGCAGGUUCAUCCUGACACCGGGAUUUCCUCUAAGGCCAUGGGGAUAAUGAACUCUUUCGUCAAUGAUAUUUUCGAGCGUAUCGCCGGUGAGUCCUCUCGUCUCGCUCACUACAACAAGCGCUCCACCAUCACAUCGAGAGAGAUCCAGACCGCCGUGCGUCUGCUGCUGCCCGGUGAACUCGCCAAACACGCCGUGUCUGAGGGAACAAAGGCCGUCACCAAGUACACCAGCUCCAAAUAAAUCUGUUGGAGA